AUGACUAACACAUAUCAACCUGCAGACAUGGGCAUGAUUGCUGCCCUUAAAGUGGGAUACAAAUGCAUCAUGCUGUCUACUUUGCUUGAUCUCUUUGACGUUGAAGGAGGCUACGAAGCCUGUGCCAAGCGGCGACUCAAAACAACGAAAGGGUGCCGUGGCUUGGCCGUUGGAGGCAAGGCACAUCUGCUUGAUGCCAUGACUAUCUUGAAUGACAUUUGGAACCAGGAUGGUCGCUAUGCAAAGGAGAAUGGUGUCAGACGCUGCUGGAGGAAGGCCGGCAUCCUUCCCAUCGCCAUGGAAACAGCAAUCAAUGUUGACCUUGGAUCCAAUUCAAUCCCUAUGAAGGACAAGGUAAUGAGCAAAGAGGAUUCUGAUGACUUGUGUAACCUCAUGAGUGCUCUCCAAGUCAAGACUCAAGAAACUCAGGUCGAUGUGGCCAGGCACGCCAUUGCAUUGCAAGGAUCGUUCGCUGCUGAUUUCGACAGGUACUCUAGGGAGGAUGUGCUGCAGAUGGGGGAGAAUUGGAUUGAAAUUGAAGAUGAGCCUGAAGUCAUCAGUGCAACCAUCGACGAGGAGAUAGAAGAGCUGGAAACGACAACAACCGAAGCCGAACUGGCUGUCCUUGAUGAUGAGGAGCCUGAACUGAUGGACGUUGACCCGGAACCUGCCGAUGUGUUUGCCUCAUUUGCCGAAGCUGAAGAGGCGCUCAAUAAGCUGUCCGAAAGUGCCUCCAGCUUGGGUAUCAACCAAGCUGCUACUGUGCAUCUUGAUAGGUUUGCCAGAGCCUUGAAUAUGGCCAGGGCGACAAGGGCUGGCAAACGCAAACGUGAUGGCACUCUCCACUCGUUCUUUACUAGUGGUUAG